CGUAUAACAAUUUGAGCAACUUCCUCAAUGCAUAAGCCAGUCGUUGUCGACUAUAUUUAAGGUUUUUGUUGUAGAACUUUUAGAGAAGUAGCGCAAGCUGACGUAAGAAGGUCACGUGAUACAUUUAACGUCUCCGCCCUGCAUAUCUGCAAAAUGGAGGACCGUGAGGCAAAAGAACCAGAACAGCUCCGAAAGCUGUUUAUCGGAGGUCUGAGCUUCGAAACCACAGAGGAGAGUUUACGGGCCCAUUUUGAGCAAUGGGGAUCUCUCACAGACUGUGUGGUGAUGAGGGAUCCUAACAGUAAACGAUCCAGAGGGUUUGGUUUUGUAACUUACUCCUCUGUAACUGAAGUUGACGAGGCCAUGAAAGCGAGGCCUCAUAAAGUCGACGGGCGAGUUGUUGAACCCAAGAGGGCUGUGUCCAGAGAGGACUCUAACAAACCUGGAGCACAUCUGACAGUGAAGAAGAUCUUUGUUGGUGGUAUCAAAGAGGACACAGAGGAGCACCACAUUCGGGAAUAUUUUGAGAAAUACGGAAAAAUUGACUGCAUCGACAUCAUGGAGGAGCGAUCCACAGGAAAGAAGAGAGGAUUCUGCUUUGUGUCAUUUGACGACCAUGACACUGUGGACAAAAUUGUCGCCCAGAAAUUUCACACAAUAAACUUUCACAAUUGUGAGGUCAGGAAAGCGCUAUCUAAACAGGAAAUGAAUGCUAUAUCCAGUAACCGAGGAAGGAGCGGAGGAUCAGGAAACUUCAUGGGCAGAGGCGGAAAUUUUGGAGGUGGCGGUAACUUCGGUCGAGAUGGCUAUGGAGGACGCGGUGGUUAUAAUGAUGAUUUUGACAAUGGUCCAGGAGGAAAUUAUGGCGGUGGACCUGGUUAUGGAGGUGGCCGAGGGGGUUAUGGAGGUGGCGGUCCAGGGUACGGAAACCAGGGUGGUGGAUUUGGUGGCAGCGGUGAUGGAGGUUAUGGAGGAAAUCGGGGAGGAUAUGGAGGGGGUGGAAAUUACAACGACUUUGGAAAUUAUGGUGGACAGCAGUCAAACUAUGGGCCAAUGAAGGGAAAUAACUUUGGUGGCAGAAACUCUGGUGGACCAUAUGGUGGUGGCUACAGCUCCGGAGGCAGUGGCGGAGGCUACGGCUCACGGCGGUAUUGAACGCAGCAUGUUUUCGAUGUGGAAAUGGGCAUUCUCUUCUUGCUGAAAAAGCUGUAAAGGCCUGAUAACAAGGGAGGUUCUGGAUGGGUAAGACAUUUUUUGACAUUAUCAAAGGUUUUCCAAUGUUAUUGAUGAGUACUACUUGUUCUGACUAAUCUUAUAUAAAAAUGUGUCUAAGAGUAUUGCCCAGUUUUUAACUUUAUUCACCAAUUCUUGAUGUUUUAUUGCACUGCGAUUGUCAGAGAUCCUAAUAGCGAUGAAACAUAAUUUGUUGGCCAAAAAAUUCAUGUAUGCUCAGUCUUUGUCUGUUUGGUCUAAUUAAAAAAGCAUGUUUUAGUUGAAGUUUUAAACAACAAAAGCACCCCGGUAAGGAACAAUUUUACAACAUAAAAAUUAGUUAAAGGAUCGAAAGGUCUACAGAAGUGCGUAGAAAAGCAAUGGACAGCAUCAACCUUAUCACAAUGUGAUAUAUAAGGGAACAACACUAUAUUUUGUGAUAUUGGCCAACCCUACUUGGGUAUAAAUGGCAACAGUUUUUGUUGUAUUGCUGAAUAGCAAUUUCGGGGCAACGUCACUUCUAGGCGUUAUUAUUUAAAGACGUGUUUACUUAAGUAAUGUUGAAUCUUGAGUUGCAGACCAAACACAUUAUGCAUUUAAAGAUUGUCAAUCUAUGGAACAAAUUAAGUAAUCAAAAUUGAUGCUCAGUUUCACUUAGUUGGCCAAAAGCAGCACUGACAUGUUUGUAUCUUGAAGUUCACAAUGUUCAGUCCCUGAAAGAGCCACGAAACAUCAGUAUGCCAUACAGGUCCAGACUGAUCGUUGUUUUGAUAAACCUCUACGUGCAGCUCUGAGCAUGUGCUUUUAUACCGUUGUCUGACUGGAACAGCCUGUUCUCUUGUUACCAACAAUGUUUCCCAGCUCGGCAACAGCAUGAGAGUGUUUUAUCAACUGCUCUGAUUUUUAUGUAAACCUUUCCCCUGUUGUGUUCGUCUUAAUAAAAGUUACUUUUUUUCUA